ACUUAUUUUUAUAAGGCGAACGAGAGCACAAUAAGGCGGAAAAUGAGCAAAACAAUAAAAAAAGACCAAAGUGAUAUGCUGCUUAGUAAAAUGCAGGAGAAUCCAGAAACUGCCAAAGGCUUUACUAAAGCAAAUCGAGAGAAAGUGGCCCAAUUUUGGAAGAGACUUAUCUUGGAAUUAAAUAGUGCAGGGCCGCCGGUGAAGAGUGAGUUUGAAUGGAAAAAAGUUUGGACAGAUCAGAAGCGAUACGUUAGAAAAAAGGCAUCAGCAAAUAAAGUGCAUCAAAAAGGUACAGGAGGUGGGCCAAAUAAAACGCAAAAGUUUUCACCUUCGGAAGAGGCCAUAUUCCAACUUGUAGGAAUGAAGGAAGCAGUGGAGGGAGUUCCCUUGGUUUGGCUCGCCCACAAAAUGAUAUACAAAGUGCCAAACAAUGCGAGUUCUUGUACAACGCAACCGACUAUUUAAACAGAACAUAGACAUGAUUUGGCACCAAUCAUUUUUAAGGCUCUUCUUAUCAUCUGCUAAUGCUUACAUCCCCGUAAUGAUGUCCUUCUUUCGACAAAUUGCAAAGCUUUCUUCUAGGAAACAUUAUCAUAUUUUGAGUCAAUUGAAUAGAUACAAAAAUUAAAAUUUUUAUUUGAUAGGAAUUAAUGAGGUUCGGUAAUAGGUUCUUCCAACUUUACUUUUAAUAAUUUUAUAACUUAGUUCCGUCAUAAAUCAUAUAGUUUUUUAAUAUAGUUCGACGACAUUGAAUCCAUGCUAAUUUAAAUUGCAGAAAUUUAAAAUUCUUUGACUUCAAACUGACGACCUCCCUUACUAACUGUGGGUACCAACUAUCCCUUAGUAUUUUUAAAAAUGUUAAG